AUGGUUUCCCUCACUGAAGUCCAGCAAACUAACGCCUCGGCAGCUACCAAGCUCCCAGAAGGUCUCGUCGCUGUCUUUGCAGGCGCAACAGCAGGUAUCGGCGAGACAGCCUUGAAAGACUUCGCUAAAUACACUCUUCGGCCUAAGAUCUAUUUUAUAGGUCGGUCUCAGGAGGCAGCCGAUCGACUUCUGGUUGAGUUGAAAGAACUCAACCCUGAGGGGAGCUAUGUCUUUAUCAAGAAGGAUAUGAGCUUGUUGAAGAACGUGGACGAGGUGUGUCGGGACAUCAAGAGUAAGGAGAGUGUUUUGAAUGUGCUGUUUAUGAGUCAGGGGACACUGAGGAUUGGUGUUGACACUGAAGAGGGACUCCCUCUAGUCACGGGUCUCGCACACUACUCCCGCGUCCGUCUAACACUCAACCUCCUCCCACUCCUCAGAAAGGCCCCUUCUUUACGAAGAGUAAUAACCGUCUUCGCCGGCACGAAAGAAGGCAAGCUCUUCGCCGACGAUAUAGCAGGACGCAACAUCCCAUUCACCAGCAUCCACAACUCCCGCGGCCACUUGUGCACCGCCAUCACUCUCUCACUUGAAGCUCUGGCCCGUCAAGCACCCGAAGUAUCGUUCAUCCACAACUUCCCCGGUUCAGUCGACACAGAUCUUAUCCGGCCUGGGGAUGGAAUCAUGAUGCAUGUUAUGAAGUACUGGUUCAAGAUCAGUAUGACUGCUAUGAGAAAGUGGCUUCCUAAGGAGGAGUGUGGUGAGCGGCAUGCUUGGCUGUGUGUAAGUGGGAGAUAUCCUGAUAAGCAGGUUCAGAGUGAGAAUGGUAUUGGGAGUGAAGAGGUGGCAAUUGGUGUUAAUGGCAGUAGGGGAAGUGGUGUUUAUAGUGUUGAUUGGGACGGGGAGAGUGCUUCGGAUGAAGUUGUCAAGUUAUUGGAAGAGUAUCGAAAGGAGGAUAUGGUUGAUAAAGUCUGGAAAGACUUGGAGACGGAGUUUGUCAGAAUUACAGGAGCCGUAUCGAUCUAA